AUGAAGGGCACCUUUCGAUCUGGAGAAAUGGAUUGCCAGGGUGCGUUGCGGCAUCUAAGAGAAAUAUUGAAGAAUGGCAAUAUGGUAGACAUGGCCCAGUUCUUCGAUGAGCUAGUGAAGAAAAAACUCAUUCCUAUAGCAACGGAAGUGGAACUGAAUAAUUUGAAUAAGUAUUCCGAAAAGGUCGACAAGGUAUUCUUCAUCUUAAGUGAAAAAAACCCUGAGUUGACCUAUCAUAUUGUUAUGGAGAUUCUGGAAGAAAUGCAAAGAGAUGACAUAACGGAGGAAAUUCUGAAGUAUAUUGGGAAGACCACGAUGAUCAAUGGACUGGCCAAUUACAUUUACGGAGUUCAGUGGGAGGACGGAUUCCGGUUCAAGGUCAUAACAGAGGAGGCGGACUUGGAUCAGAGCAGAAAGGCUCACAGCCAGACGCAUAGGGUUUCUGCAUAUUCCUUUAAUUGGCAAGAGGGAAUACUAAUUCCUUACACUCUCACUGUCAUCGACACGCCUGGAUUUGGGGACUCUCAGGGAAUCGAGAAAGACGACGAUCUUGUCAUCAAAAUUCGAGAAUUCUUUGAAGAAUGUGCUCCAUAUGGUUUGAAUUUCAUCAAUGCCGUAGGAUUCGUGUUGCCAUCUUCCGCUUCAAGAAUAACAGCAACACAGAGGUACAUCAGUCACGCCAUUACCCAACUUUUUGGGAUCGAUACCAAAGACAAUUUCGUGCUGUUGGUGAGCCACUGUGAUGGGCAGGAACCUCCGGCCAUCAACACCGUCAAAGAAACAAAUAUUGUUUACCAGAGCUACCAUACCUUCAACAACGCUGCACUGUUCGCAUGCAUUAUGGAUCCGAUGCAGAAAAUGUUUUGGGAACAGGGGCUUUCAAGUUGCGGAGGUUUUCUGGCAUCCUUGCAUGGGAUGGCGUCAAUCAGUCUGAAAUGGACAAGGAAAGUCCUUCAUGAGAGAGGUUUUCUAAUGGAGUCUCUGAAGAAAUUACAGGCAGAAAUCCCUGCAGUCGUGUCAGCUAUAAGUGUUCUACAGGAAAAAUGCAUACUACUCCGAAAAAAUGAGGGCGAAGUGACUAAGCUCGUCGAGUUUGAGGACGAAAAAAUGAAAAUUCAUUUGGAUAAGAAAAGAAAUGAGAAGGCCAUUAAUUGCACUUACUGCACGGUCACAUGCGAAUACCCGCCAAGCACUUCCAAGCUCAAGGACAUAAAGAAUAGUAGAUGCAUGAAUAAUGACGAAGAAGUGAAAUGCACCAAAUGCAAAUGCUCUUGGAAGGCUCAUCAGCUGGAACUGAAACGGUAUGAAGUGAAACACAUGUACAGGAGUAAGAGCUCUAAAAACUCAGCAAUUGUUGCUCAACAAAUAAAGGUCCAGAAAGAUCAAGAGAGGAAGGUGAGGGAGCUCACUAUGGACAUUUUUAGCAAGCAAGUUCAACUCUUUGCCCAGAUCCAAGAGGCACACAUGAGAAAAACUCAACUCCAAAAAAUUGCCCUCAAUCCAGAUCCGCUGACUCUAGAAGAAUACAUAGAAUUUUUGAUUCAGGCCGAGAAAAGAGAGGGUAAGAAGGGGAAUCUGAGUCGGAUCGAGCAUUUGGAGAACGCCAAGAAGGCGUCUCUCUUGUUCAGGGAAGAGAAAUAUGAAGAAAUUUUACCUAACGUUAUGUCGAUUCUGAAGGAAGAAGAAAUCAACUUCGAGAAGCUGGGUUCGGAGGUUUUCGAGGAUAUUCAUCGACCGAAGCCACAUGUACAUCGUGUCCUUUAUUUUGUCGUCGUGGUUUACGUUAUUUUCCCAAAGCUCAUCAUUGAGCGGGACGUGGAUAUGAAAAUCUGA